CUUCAGGCUGCUCGUCCACGUCCUCUGUUUCAAUCUUUCGCCGUAUAGCCUUGCCUUUGCCGGCCUUUUUGAACAUGGUGGUGGUAGACGAUAUGAAGGUUGGGUAACAGUCACGAGCGGUCGGAUUUUUCAGUACAUGAAUGGGUGGCGAGUGGCUUUUGACAGUUUUCAAAAAAUAAUUUACGGCAGGCCCGCCCUGUGGAGAAAGUCAACAUAAUGAACACAUUACGGGCGAUACAACGAGUGGCUCCCGCAUUAGCAUUGCGACAACCUCAAACUGCUACCUACUUAAACCCUGCCUUUGCACUGGGUAUUCGCGGUUAUGCUUCAAAACACAGAGUCACUGAGGGCAAACAAAUUCUUGUUCGAGAUUACGGCGUCAUUGCAAACUACGUUCCACCAGAGACGACGCCAUCAGUCAGUGACUUUCACAAAUGGCGACUUGUCAAGUGGAGAAAUAUGAGAAACAGCGUACAAAACAUGUUGGGAAUUGGUCUUAUCAAAUACAAGUCAUUGUACGAAAAGUGGAACUCUGGCAAAUUUAUGUCUGUUGCUGAGGAAACCUACAAGGAUAUGAACAGCGCUUUUGCACGAGGCGAUCGGAACCUUUUGGAAGAGGUUUGCUUGGAUGCAAUGUAUUCAAAUUUAAAGAACCAGCUCAAAACCCGAUCCAACGUCACUUGGGAUUGGCAAUACCACGGUGAAGUCGAGCCACCAAAGAUUGUUUGUGUACGCUGUAUGGGCACCAGUGGGUUCAGUAAAACAGGAUUUUCUGUUGGUCAGGUCACUGUCAGGAUGCACACCAAACAGUCGAUGGCGGUGUAUGAUAAGAAGAACCGCCUGAUUGCUGGUGACCCUCAUAAAAUCCAAAACGUUCGAGAAUACGUUGUCUUCCAGCGGGCAUUGACUGACCCUGAGGACGUUUGGAAAAUUUAUGGCAAAGUGGCUCCUACUGAGCAAAAAUUUUAGACAUUUUGAGACUUUGGAGCCACCUCUUUUUUACCAGGCGGGAAAUCUCCGCCCGAUAAUAAGAAACUCAUCCCAGAUACUUCAGUAUGGCUUUGUUUAGAAAACACACUCUCUCUCUCAAAAUAAAAGCAUAUAAAAAGUCUUUUAUCAACUCUCUCCCU